CCUCCUAUUAGUUCUGGCCUCCUCCAGCUGGAUGCCGAGGUCGAGUCGACGAACUGGAGACUAGAGACUGGGCCAACAAGCCUCUCCCGUCUAGAGAUGCCCUCCAUGCCCAAUCGCGUCCCUCCCGGCGCUGGCUUAAUUAUUAAAUUCUCCCAACGUUAGGCUGCUUCCGUCAGGUCCUUUUUCGCCAAGAUGGCUGCAUGGACCAGGCCAGCAGGGUCGACCACCUUUGUUGCUCGGAGCAUUGACUGACUUGACUGACUGACUUGUUGACUCGUCUUUCCUUCACCUUGCUGGACUGACUACCGAUUCUGUCCUCUAAUUACAGCAGACAACGCAUCUUCGCUCGACGUCUCCGGCCACCAUGAAGACCUUCACUCGCGAAGCCGUCCGCGACCAGGGCUCCUCGGUCGACAACCCGUGGUGCAUCAUCGACUCGGUCGUCUAUGACCUCUCCGAACUCCUCGACACCCACCCGGGCGGCGAAGCUGUCCUGCGACAGAUCGCUGGUCAGGAUGCCACAUCGGCCUUCUACAGCCUGCACCGCCAGGAGGUCCUCGCGUCCUACUCCGAACUUGUCAUCGGCUCCAUCGAGGGCGAGAAGCCCCAGAUCAUCACACCACAGCCCGGCGACCUGAGCCCCGUGCCGUACGCGGAACCGCUGUGGCUGCGAGGCGAGCCCUUCCGCUCGCCAUACUACAACGACAGCCACAGGCGACUGCAAAAGGCUGCACGGGUGUUCACGGAUCGCUACCUGGUGCCCGAAGCCAAGGAAUGCGAAGCCACGGGGAAACUGCUCAGCCAGGAACUCAUCGACCGCAUGGAGAAGGUUGGGCUGCUCCGAAUGCGCCUGGGACCGGGAAAACACUUGCAUGCGCGCAAUCUCUUUGACGGCGCUGUCAAGGGCGAGGAGUUCAACUACUUCCACGUGGUCAUCCUCGCGCAGGAGAUGGCGCGGCCCAUGGCCAGAGGCUUCCAAGACGCCAACAUGGCCGGCAUGACUAUUGGUCUUACGGUGCUGUUGAACUUUGGGCCAGAGAGCGAGUGGAAGACGAGAAUAUGCGACGAGGUGUUCAGUGGGCAGACAAAGCUGUGCCUCGCCAUCACAGAGGCGUUCGCUGGCUCGGACGUGACGAGCAUACGGACGACCGCAGAGAAGACGCCCGAUGGGAAACAUUACAUUGUCAAUGGCACAAAGAAGUGGAUUACCAACGGCACGUGGAGCGACUACUUUGUCACGGCCGUGCGCACCGGCGAGGGCAUCAGCGUCAUCCUCAUCGAGCGCGGCGAGGGCGUCGACACAAAGUCCAUCAAGACGUCCUACUCGUCCACCGCCGGCACCGCACUCAUCACCUUUGACAACGUCAAGGUGCCCGUGGAGAACCUACUCGGCAAGGAGAACGACGGCAUCCGCAUGAUCUUCAGCAACUUCAACCACGAGCGGUGGGCCAUGUGCUGCAGCGUGCUCAGCCAGUGUCGGGUCGUGGUCGAGGAGUGCCUCAAGUGGUCCAACCAGCGCAUCGUCUUUGGCAAGCGGCUCAUAGAUCAGCCCGUCAUCCGGCAAAAGCUGGCCAAGAUGAUUGCUCUCGUCGAGUCCAACCAGUCCUGGCUCGAGUCCAUUACUCACCAGAUGUGCAAUAUGCCGUACACGGAGCAGGUUCGGCAUCUCGCUGGCUCCAUCGGCCUGCUCAAGAUGAGCUGCACGCGCGCGGCGCAUGAAAUCGCCGACGAGUCUGUCCAAAUCUGGGGCGGCCGUGGUCUGACGCAGACGGGCAUGGGUCGUCAUAUCGAAAUGUUCAACAGGACGUACAAGUUCGACGCCAUCCUGGGCGGGGCGGAGGAGGUCGUGGCGGAUCUUGGCGUGCGGCAAGCGAUAAAGAAUUUCCCAAAGGCGAUGCUAUAGUGGGUUUGAGAAUGGGAGGGAUUUGCUGUGCAAUCAAUGAGUGGUGCCUGUGAGGUUGUCAACUGCCCAACUGUACACCUUACCGAACGUAUUCUUCUCAAGAGCACACAAAAAGAGGCCUUGGAAGCUACACACACCACAACAAGCAUCUCGUACAC